AUGCAAAGUAUACCCUCCUCCUCCCGCGGCCACGCUUCUUCCGCGACCUCGCCCCCGCCCAUCAUGACGCCUCCUCCCGUGACGCCACCGCCAGUGAAGGCGCCUCCUCACAUGACACCACUGCCAGUGAAGGCGCCUCCUCCCGUGACUCCGCCCCCGGUCGCGGCGCCCCCGCCAGUGGCCGCCCCGGCUGAGGCGCCAGCGGUGCUCCCCCUAGUGGCGACGCCCCCGCCGGUGGCCGAGGCGCCUGCUGUGCUGCCUCCGGCCGAGGCGUCGUCCAAGAGCAAGAACAAGCACAAGAGAAAGAGGAGCAGGAAGAAGAAGUCGCCUGCCCCCGCCCCGGAGCCGCUCAGCCCGCCGGCCCCCAUCGCGCCCGAGCCCACCACCGUCGAGGACGUGUCCGGCCCCAGGCCCUCCGCCAACGAUCUGAGCGGGAGCGGCCGGCAGUACGCGCACUGGGGGAUCGUCAUGCAGACCGCCAUGGCCGCGCUUCUGCUAUCACUAGCCUGGUGAACGUGAAACCCAGCAGAGAGAUGCAUCCGUCCAUACAUUUUAUUCAUGUACCGAGUCCAUGAUUUAACCAUUACGCUUGCUUGUAAUGUUAGGGGUCUAGCAUUUGUUGGAGGCUUGUAAUAAACAGUUUUUUGACAUAUUCUU